AGCGCGGCGGCCAUUGGCGGCGGCGCAGCAUGGCGAGCGCGGACGGCUCCUGGCGGCCGCCGCGGUCGUGCGAGGACUACUGGGGGGAGUGGAAGCACUGCCGCGGGCUGCGCCACGCCUUCCACCACUACUACGCGCACGGGGAGCUGCCGGACUGCGGCCGCUGGCGGGAGGACUACGAGGCCUGCCGCGCCUGGGAGAGGGACCGCACCGCCGCCGCGCAGGAAGCUUUGUGCAAGAGUGAAAGAGCUCGAGUUAUGGAAAAACAGAAAUAUACUCCAGUGUGGAAGCUCAGGAAGAGCCCACCACCUGACUGGUAUCUACCACUUGACCAUGAUAAAUCAAAUUAAGACUGUUUUCUGUGUUUGGUCGGUAAAAUAAUACACAAUUCAGAAUUA